AUGGAAACCGGAUUUCCCGUCAAGUCAACCAUCCAAUCACAAUACGACUGCAUCGAGGACUAUCUUCAGGUCAUCGGUUCCGCUUACAACUCGCACACGAUCGCAUAUCCGAGCAGGGAGGAGAGGAACGCAGCAGAGUACAAGCUGCAGGACAUCCGCGCCCUGGAUGAGAUUGCCGAGGCCCGGGGGAUGUGGAGGCCGACCACAUGCUAUGGUUUUGGAGACUGUGCUAUGGCCAAUAAGAAAGACAUCUUGAAGCGGUCCUGGAGUUCCUCUUCUCUCCAUGCAACAACUGACGGAGGACACGCUUCAAAGCUCACCUGUGCCCGAUCUAAGCGCCGAAAAGUCGACAAGAAAGCCACAAUCAACGCCGAAGAAGAUGGCGAGGGUGUUUGGUUUCACCAGGAGUAUGUGGAGAUGUUGGCCGAAAGAGAACUCCGUGUGUUCAUCGCCACAAGACCUGAUCCCAAUGGCACCAGAGGACUGCGAGGAGAAGUGGUGCGCGUGUGCUGCACCAGGCCCGACCCCAAGGACGGCGGCAUGCAUGCCACUGAGGCCAUAGACAACACGUACGAGAGGCUUGGCACAACGAAAUAUGCGGUUCACGAGUUCGCCCUCGAUGUCUUCGAAGCUCUCAGAAAUCCAGAAUACGGGUGGAAAAGUCGCUUCGAGACACUUGAAGUGGGCUGUCGACUUGAUAUCUCGGCUAAGCAUGUUGGUGGUCCAUUAUUUGUGAACGAGAUUACCAGAUGGAAUGGGUCUCAUUACUUCUCUAACUACUGUACUGGCGAUCCUCAUGCUCUGAUAUGCAGCACUUACGCCACUGCAUGGAAGCGUUAUGUUGAGACACUUGCUGGAUGA